UUUUUUCCACAAAAGAGACACACACACUCUCUUUCACAGUUUCACUCCCUCUCUAUCUCCGUGUAAAAUGGAGCCGUGGCUCGACGACUUAGCCGACGACCUCCAGAGCCUGAGCUUCACCUCCACCGCCACCACUACCACCACCGCCACCACAGCCGACAUCAACCGCAGCACCAGCUCCGGCUCCGAGGCCACUCUCGCGGCCUCCUCCGGCCCGCUAACCUCCACCACCGCCAAGCCCCACGCGCCCUCCUCCGACCCCUGCUGGUCGGCCAUCCACCGGAUCCGGUCCGAGUCUCCGGCCCUCCAGCUCGGUCUAUCGGACAUCCGGUUCGCUGUCCGGCUUGGCUCCGGCGACAUCGGCUCCGUCUACCUCGCCCAGCUGAAGUCCUCCGAUGGCUGCCUCUUCGCCGCCAAGGUGAUGGACAAGAAGGAGCUAGCGAGCCGGAGCAAGGAAGGGCGGGCGAGGACCGAGAGGGAAAUUCUUGAAAUGUUGGACCACCCGUUCUUGCCCACUCUCUAUGCCAGCAUCGACGCGCCCCGGUGGCUCUGUCUCCUGACCGAGUUCUGCCCCGGCGGUGACCUUCACGUGCUCCGCCAACGCCAGCCCUCUAAACGCUUCCCCGAAUCUACCGUCAGGUUCUACGCGUCGGAGGUGGUGGUGGCUCUAGAGUACCUUCACAUGAUGGGGAUUGUAUACCGUGAUCUCAAGCCCGAAAAUGUGCUCGUUCGGUCGGACGGUCACAUUAUGCUCACUGACUUUGACCUCUCGUUAAAAUGUGACAGCUCUACAUCGACUGCUCAGUUAAUCUCUGAUCAAAAACCACCCACCCCGGCCCCACAAAAGGACUGCUCGGUUGAUCCACCUCCUUUCACCUCAUCUUCAUGCAUUAUUCCCAAUUGUAUAGUCCCUGCCGUAUCAUGUUUCCACCCAAAACGCAAGCGCAAGAAGAAGCUGGGCCAACGCGGUGGGCCAGAAUUUGUGGCCGAGCCCAUCGACGUCCGGUCCAUGUCCUUCGUCGGGACCCACGAGUAUUUGGCGCCGGAGAUAGUGUCGGGAGAGGGCCAUGGGAGUGCUGUUGAUUGGUGGACGCUAGGAGUAUUUAUGUUCGAACUAUUUUAUGGGGUCACGCCCUUUAGGGGAGUGGACAAUGAGCUAACCCUAGCUAAUAUCGUGGCUCGAGCCCUCGAGUUCCCGAAAGAGCCCGCCGUGCCUGCUACAGCCAAGGACCUCAUAUCACAACUAUUGGUCAAAGACCCGGCCAGGCGACUAGGGUGCACAAUGGGUGCGUCGGCCAUCAAGCACCACCCAUUUUUCCAAGGAGUCAAUUGGGCAUUGUUAAGAUGUACUCCUCCACCUUUUACCCCUCCACCAUUUAGUAAAGAAGUUGUAUCAGAUGAAAGUUGUCCAGAGACCCCUGUGGAGUAUUAUUAAUGAGCACAAAAAAAAAAAAGAAAAAAAAAAAAAAGAUUUUUAAUAAGAAAGGAAAUUUCAAGUGGGCAAGAAGGUAAGAAUCAUAAUAUGGUCCACUUGCCCUAAUUUGACCCGCUUUGACUCGAUCAUGGCUGCAAACUUUUUACCAUGUGCAUUGGCAAUUUUACAUGCAAGUGAAAAUUGGGACAAUUAUUGUGAGGGUAAAAGCAGUUGCAAAUUGCCAUCACAUAGAGAGAGAUUGAAAACUUAGCCUCAACCGGGACGGCAAGAAAUUGAUGGCUGGCAGCAAAAAUUGAGCGGAAUGUUUUUGGUUUCUCACUAUAAUGUCAUCGACAGCUGGGUUCCUGUUUGUAUGUUUUUAGUGGCGUAUUUUUUUUCUUUUAUAGAAAAUUGCGGGUCAAUGGCUGUGUCGGGAACAUUGGAUCCUGAAAAUUUAGACAAUGAUAUUGACGGGAAGGCUGGUGGCGCCGCGUGAUUUGGCUGUUCUCCCAUCGCGGGGACGGAGCGAAUGGGCAUGUCUAAUGUCUUGAUGGAACAGGGCCGGUUUGUGUGUGUGUUUGCUUGUGAAGAGCACGUCCACCCCACGUGAUCGUGUUUUGUGGGAGGCAAAGAGUGUGGGCCUGGGAAAGAGGGUUGCGAGAGCUAGUCUUCUUUUCUUUUUCGGUGAUGAGUCACAUGAUGCUUGUUCUCUUCCUUAAUAAUAUCAUGAAAAUGAAAGUUUAUGUUUUUUUUUUCCUGCCUUUCA